GGGAGAAGAUCGGCAGACCACUUUCACUUUGAGCAGCGCCUCAGUGUGAGUGAGGAUUCAGUGGCCAGAGGGAGACGCACGGAAGAAGAGACCAGUGUCUUUAUUCAGGAAGGGCGAGAGGAGCGAUUCAAAUUAGGCAGUUCAGAAAGCUUCUAGGUCAGCAGGGACUGAGUGAAAAGGGAAAGAUAAAGAAACAGAAAACAAAAUCAAACAAAAGCUUUCAUAAGGGAAAAAGCUGCAGCCACUCAGGCUUAAGUGGGAAAAUCCAAAGUGAGAGAGCGGGAUGGCGUGAGCGGAUAAAUGAGGCAUUUUGCUGGAAAGUACCAAAGGAGCUCCAAAGGAAGGAAUGUAUACGGGAUGUCAACACGAAGACUGACUAUCAAGCUUUAAAGAAGAAGGCACAGCAAGGCACACAGUCAAAGUCCUAUAGACCACAAGGGAGGAGUAAACUUUGCCUUUCACGGACUGACACAGGAACCUCUGACUCUGAUUGCUCUCAACAAGAGAAAUGGAGAAAUGUCCAUUUUCAGAAAGAUAAAAGGAUGUCACUGCCAGUUUUGCUGUUGCUAUCAUUCUUGACUGUCCGAUGUGGUGGAUGUGACUUUGACUGGGAGGUUGUGAAGAACUUAAAAAUGACUCUUGACUCGAACCCAACUGGAUUUCGGACCGUGUUUCCAAAAGAUUACAAUGUAGAGCAUCGCUACACAAAAGGCAUGCUUUGUGACACUGAUCCGUGUUGUGUGUUUCCUGCUGCAAUCGUCCUCCUGGACUCCUGGCAAGUACUUUUCAGAAACCUCUGGGACGAGCAUCUAAAUCACUCCUUGGUGCAGGAGCUGAGAGACACACUGGAAAAAAUCAUAAAGAAGAAUGUAAACACAGAGAGGUUCCGGGAGGAGAUGGACUUGACCCAGUUUCCCGCAUUACUAUCCUCUCCGGAAGAGCUCCUUAAGUUAACAUCAGAUCUUUUCAACCGGUGGCUCAAGGUUGGAUGCCUACAGUCUACUACGACUUGCCCCCUCCCCACUCUGCCGCCAAUGGUUGAAAGAAAGGACUACAGCCCAUCGAGGGCAAGACUUUUAACCACUCGUGCAAUUAGCAGCAUUGAGGAAGAAGACCUCGAAAUCAUGGACUAUUCACUGCCACUAACCAACAGAUGCCCGUCCUUCUCAGCUUCUCUCUGGAGUCCUUUGCUUUUCAGACUAUACUGGUGGUGGCUGCAGUAAGAAAAGGGAUCUUUUUUCUAAACAAUGCACACAAAAAUGCAAGAUUUCCUGGCACUGAAUGAUUGUUUCUUAUAUCUAUGUCUACAUGUUGUUAUGCAGUAAGCUAACUAAUGUUAAUAUAAGGUGACAUGCACAGGUUGCAGUUGAUGUCCAAAGUUGAAUAAAGUAGCUGAAGUUCACUGUCCACCAGUGCUAGCGCGGUAAUAUCACACAAGUACAGCCUUCCACUCUCCAGCUAGCUACGCUCCUUGUGCUAAGAGAUCAGUGCUGACCUUGCCAAUGCACAUAAGCCAUCGUAUUUUUGAUGAGAACUGUUUACAAUGAAUGUUAUGUAUGACUGUUAAUAGGCUUUUACUUCGGUAUACAAUUGUAAAUUAAAGCCAUUUAGAUAUAA